GAAAACGAGGAGUCUAUUUUUGGGUCGUCCCAAGCAUGCAUCGCCUAGAAAUGCCACGGAUCACUGGGAUCUAGUCCUGGAUAUUUGCCAAGUGUUUUGCUCAAUCACUUUUGAACAAUCAACUCAACCAGAAAUCACGGAAACGAUGUCUACGCCGGAUAUAGAGAAGAAAAAGAACGUGGUGGAUCCAGAAGGAAUCAGACAGCAUGUAGAGACUUACAACUACAUGGAUGAAGAGGAGCUGAAAGGCAUCCAAGGUGAUGUUGACAUCGGCGUUGUUGCUCUCCGGGGCCAAGACUUGCAUUUUACUGAAGAAGAAAAAUGCAAAGUCUUGCGUAAGAUCGAUUGGCAUAUUAUGCCACUUGCUGCAUGGUCAUGCGGUCUUCAGUUCGUUGACAAGUCGGGACUCGGCGCUGCAGCAACGUAUGGACUUCGGAAAGACCUUCACUUGGUCGGAAACCAGUAUUCUUGGUGUGUCUCGAUGUUUUACUUCGGUUAUCUGGGUGGUACGUUUUUUGCUGGACGUGCCCUGCAGCGUUUUCACUCUGGAAAGGUUAUCGGCAUUUGUUUCUUCCUUUGGGGAUGCACCCUGCUCGGCUGUGCGGGGGCUAGGAAUUAUGGGACUCUCAUUGCCCUCAGAUUUCUCCUUGGUGUCUUCGAGUCUUCACUUGUACCAGGUCUCCUGUUGAUAACAACUAUGUGGUACACACCAACUGAACAGCCACUCCGGUUUGGUCUCUGGACUUUCAUGAACGGCGCUCUUCCUGUCCCAUUCAUCCUUAUUUACUACGGACUGGGACAUGUCGAAAGCGGCCCUUUGUUGUCAUGGCGCCUGAUUUUCCUCCUCAUUGGCUUGUUGAGUUGUGUCACUGCGGUUGUUCUGUUCUUCUUCAUACCGGAUUCGCCUGUUUCGGUGAAGUGGCUCAACGAAAGAGAAAAAGCAAUUGCUGUGCAGCGUGUUGCAGACCACCAGCUCGGGGUCAAGAAUAAUCACCUCAAGUGGGGACAGAUCCGCGAGGCACUUGCAGAUUACCGCUCCUGGUUGAUUGUUCUUCAAAUGUUCUUCUCGCAAGCUGUUGGCAAUGUUACCACAAAUUUUCUGGGAAUAAUUAUCACGGGGUUCGGUUAUACUCAACUGAAAGCCCAGCUAUACACUGCACCAAACUCUGCUAUCCAGGCCGUGAUGCAACUUCUCGUCUCAGCGCCGCCUUCCCUCUUCCCUUCAAUGCGACACAUGAGGCAACCUCUUGCUGCGGCAUCAAGCAUUGUGGCUGUUGCCGGAGUCGCCAUCCUCUACGCCGCUCCAGAUGAGCUUAGAUACCAAAAUCUUAGGCUGGGCGGCUGUUUCAUGCUGGCCUUCUCAGGGGUAAAUUACGGAGUCACGAUGAGUGUCCUCGGCUCGAACAUUGCUGGUUUUACAAAGAAGCAGUUCACAACCUCCUGGACCUUCUUCAUGUAUUGUGUCAUCGAUAUCAUUACACCUCAGACGUUUUUGGGAAGUGAAAGCCCGAGGUAUCAUACAGGGUUGACUUUUGUCCUUGUGCUUACGGUUCUUUACGUUAUUACUUCGCUUACUACUUGGGCGGCGUUUAUUAUUGAAAACAAAAGGCGAGACAAGUUAGCACUCACUGAUCCAAACUACAGAACUGGCGUGGAUAAUCUGGAUCAUAUGUCUGGUCUUAGAGAUCAAACGGACAAAGAAAACAAGCAUCACCGUUAUACUGGCUGAGGAGGUCAGGAGAGAGUGAACGAGACUUCGAGACUUCGGCUCGUAAGUCUUUUGUGGGAACAGACUUAUGAUAUCCUGUUUUCAUGUC